AUGCAGAAGAAGCGCCGCCAUGGGGUAAAGCCCUACGGUUUUGAUGAUGCCGAACCGAACCACGACCACGAUGACGCCUAUGGUUGGGACAACGACGCCGCUGAUGGAUAUAAUAAAGACGAUGAAGACCGCAACGUGAACAUCUUCAAUCCUAGCGGCUCGCGCGUGAACUGCACGGACAUGGGUGAAUACUACGCAUCUGGGCUACCGAACACAUACAGUCCCCCACCAGAGGAUUCAUAUGGCAGAGAUGAGGAUGAAUGGAAACAACGUCUCGUAGAUGGAGGAUUUACCUACUCUACUGAACCCCCUGAAGAAGAAUACCUAGACCGUGACCGCGAAUUUGGUGUACUUUACCGCCACCAGAACAAACUCGGUCACGUCAUCGCGGCGGAUGGAGGCUUCAAUAAGGCGAGCUACACCUACACGGACCACCAGGAGCGGCCUGACAAAGAUGUGACGGACGAGGUGCGCAACGCUGAAGCAGAGGGGCGCGUCGUGGGUUAUGUGACAAGAGAUAUUUUUGAUGAUAGGGAGAGGAAGCUUGGAAAGCGGUAUGACAGUCCCGAAGAAGAAACCCGACAAGGGCCAGCGGAUGAUCCGGACUAG